GUUGCCCCCCCAGACCAUGCUCCGAAGGCACCACCAAGGCCUCAGCACCGUGGGGAGCACCGCUGAGGCCUCCAUAGGGCAGGGGCCAGCGGUGGAGGAGCCAGAUGUGCACCCAGAUGUUUGGAGAGCCCCAAAGCGCUGCCGGAGCCCCACGGGGGGGCACCCGCCAGAUGGGUCCCUCCCCAGCCUGGAUCCAGAUGUGGGGGGGCCCAAAAGGCACCGUCUCAGUGCCCAAAGCGCCCCAGAUCCAGAUGUUGGAGGAGCUCCAAAGCACCAUCCGGGCCCCCCAGCUCCAGAUGUGGGGACACAAGUGGGUCUUGUUCACCCCCUGAAGCGCUCUCCGGACCCCCAGAAAGUCGGGGGUGCAGAUGUGCAACAUCUGGCGGUGAGCGAUGCAGAUGUGGCGGCUCCUCUUCACCUGGAGGUGAGCAGUGACCCAGAUGUGGCGGUCAAACGCCCCACUCCAGAUGUUGAGGGGGCCAAGAAUGAAGGCAGGGUGCUGGUGGUGGACAGCGACACAGAUGUGGAGGAGGAGGAGGAGCUCCAUCCAGAUGUUGCGUGCCCCAAAUUGCAUAGAAGGGCCCCGACCGUGCUCAGAGCUCCAGGGCGAGAGGUUGAAGCUCCACAUCCAGAUGUUGGAGCUCCCCAAAAUGGCCACGGGGCACUUGAGGACAGCGAUACAGAUGUGGAGCUGGAGAGCCCCAAGCCAGCUGUUGGCAGCCCCCACAAUGGACAUCAGCUGCUCGUGGUGGACAGCGAUACAGAUGUGGAGGAGGAUAGAGCCCAGCCAGAUGUUGGCCCCCUUGAAAGCCCCAAACCAGCCCCCAGAGACCCAGAGGUGAAGGCAGAGCCCCCAAAUCGUGCUGCUGGAGGGCGCCCGGCUCUCCUGGUGGAGAGCGAUACAGAUGCGGAGGAGGCCACAUCCGAUCCAGAGGUUUGGCCUCCGAAACCCCCUCGGAACAUCCCGCGAAAUCCAGAUGUGCGGCUGGAGAACCCGAAUCCAGGUGGUCAAGGGCCCCAGCCCAAACUCCUGAGGCUUUUGGUGGACAGUGAUACAGAUGUGGAGGAGGAGGAGGCGGCGAGUCCAGAUGUUGGGCGUGCCAAAAGCCAGAGGUUGGCCCGCCAAGAGCAAGUCUUGGUGAUGGAGACGCCGAAGCCAGAUGUUGAGGAGCCGCAGCGGGAAGGCUGGAAGCUGGGGGUGGCCAGUGACACCGAUGGGGAAGACGAGGAGCUGAGUCAACGUGGUCUGCACCCCAGAGCACCCCGGAAGCACCCAGUGGUGGUGAUGGAGAGCCCAAAUCCAGAUGUUGGCGGCCUCAGCCCUGGUGACAGUGACACAGACGUGGAGGAGGGCAGUGGGGGUGUUCCAGAUGUUGGGACCCAGCCGGGGGGCCAGGGGGCUGCUGCGGAGCCAGAUGUGGUGGCCGUGCCCCCAAAUCCAGCUGUUCCCCCCUCUCUGGAGAGCAGCAACACCGACGUGGGGGAGGUGGCUCCGGCUCCAGAUGUUCGGGGCCUCCAGAGCCACAUCCGGUUCCGACCCUCCCCCCAUCCAGAUGUUGUGGGCAGCGGCGCCGAGACAGCCCCAAACAGCUGGAAAACGGCCCCAAACUCCAGGAGCAAUGGAGGGGUGGUCCCAAAGCGCGAUGAUUUAACCCCAGAUCCAGAUGUGGGGGCUGCAAAACCAGACGUGGGGGCCCUAAAUCCAGAUGUGAAGACCCCAAAUCCAGACUGGGGGUCCCCGAAUCCAGAUGUGGCGACCCUAAAUCCAGAUGUGAAGUCCCCAAGUCCAGACGUGAAGGCCCUGAAUCCAGCUGCAGAGACCCUAAAUCCAGAUGUGAAGGCCCCAAGUCCAGACGUGAAGGCCCCGAAUCCAGCUGCGGAGACCCUAAAUCCAGAUGUGAAGGCCCCACGUCCAGACAUGGUAGCCCCAAGUCUAGAUGUGGAGACCCCAAAUCCAGACUGGGGGUCUCCGAAUCCAGAUGUGGAACCCCUAAAUCCAGAUGCGAAGGCCCCAAAUCUGAACAUGUCAGUUCUAAAUCCGGACAUGGUGGCCCCAUAUCCAGAUGUGGAGCCCCCACAUCCACACGUGGUGGCCCCGAAUCCAGAUGUUGAGGCCCAGGGACACGACAUGAAGACCCUGGUGCAGGUUCCAGCUGUGCCAAUGGAUGCCUCCACCCCCAAAUCCCAACAUCUGGACCCACAUUUGGAUGGUACCGGUGGUGCUGAUGUGACAGAGGGUGACAGCGAUGAAGAUCUUGACCUGUUCCUGGAGCCCACCCAGAGCUUCCUGCCACCAGCAGACAAGGGUUCACCCCCAGGUUGGGACCCUGAGGAGCCCACUCAGCUCUUCUGCCCCCCCCGAGAGGAGGAGGAAGAGGAGGAAGAGCCCCCCCAAGACCCCCCCCAAGCCACCAUCAUCCCCCCCACGGAAGGGACCAAGGAGGAGGGGCCCCGGCGCAGCCAGCGCCUGGCCAGGAGCCGAAGGGGCGGAGCUAAAGGGGGCGUGGCCUCGGAGGUAGGCGGGGCUCCUCCUGGCCCCGCCCCUUUGCGGCGCAGCCCCCGCCUGAGGGCCCGCCCCCUUGCGCCGCCGGAGCCACGCCCCCCGCCAGCCAAGCCACGCCCCCCCCGGGCAGGGACCAGCCUAGCAGGGAGGCAUGCACAGGAGGAAGAGGAGGAACCCACAGAGGUGGAGGUGCCGCAGCUCCGCCCCCGGCGCAGCCGUGGCUCCACCCCCCCCAAGGUUCUCUUCACAGGGGUGGUGGCCUCCAAGGCCAUGGAGGUGGCCCUGAGGACCCUGGGGGGCUCAAUGGCCACUUCAGUGUUCGACUGUACCCACCUGGUGACCGACCGCGUCCGACGCACCGUCAAGUUCCUCUGCGCGCUGGCCCGCGGCGUCCCCAUUGUCACCCCAGAGUGGCUCCACAAGAGCGCCAGCAGCGGCCACGUCCUGGCCACCGGCCCCUUCCUGGUGCAGGACCAGCAGCAGGAGCAUCACUUCGGGUUCAGCCUGGCCCAGGCCCUGCAGCGCGCCCGCCGCCACCCCCUGCUCCAGGGCUACGAGAUCCACGUCACCCCCAGCGUCCGCCCUGAGCCCGAGCACAUGAAGGACAUCAUCACCUGCAGCGGUGGCACCUUCCUGCCCACCAUGCCCAGCACCUAUAGGCCGCGGCGGGUGGUGGUGUCGUGCGCGGCGGACGCGUGGUGCUGGGGCCCGGCGCUGAGCUCGCGCCUGCCCCUGGCCUCGGCCGAGCUGCUGCUCACGGGGCUCCUGCGGCAGCGGCUGCAGCUCCAGCCCUUCCUCCUGCUCCCCCCGGACCCCCCCACCCGCGCCCGGAGCCACCGGGACCCCCCCAGCACCCGACGGCGCCCGGUGGGGCCCCCCCAAUAAAGAGCAGCACCAAAA